AUCAGAGCGGCAGCUGACUCAUUAAAGGCCUCUCUGUCUCCUUUUCUUUACUCUGCCUCAUUCUCUUCCCCCUAUCUCUCCCUACCUCCCGUGACAGCAGUCUGUGCUUGUGCUGGGCUCAGGCAGUGAGGGCAUUCGGGGACCAGAGACGAUGCCCAUCAUGACAGCCACCUUGCAAACGUGCAAAGCAUCCUGUUGUAGGAGAGCAUCCUCCUUUGUUUGGACUGUCUGCAGGGGAGCCCGAGUGCCAGGACAGCCUCUCCUCCUGUCCCCGUAUCGCUUCUUUGGGAUCUCCUUCCCUCUGGCAAGCUGGAUGCUCCAGCAUCUCCUCCUCCCCCUUUUCCCACCCUUCCCCCAAAAACGAGGGGUGGUGGUGGAGAAAGAGCUUUUUCCACGCAUUGAGGGAUUCUCUCGGGAGUUACCGCUAUUCCCCAGCCCUUUUCUUUGCUUGGAGGAUGGCAGCCCCCUCUCCCUCAGCUUAUUUGCUAUUUGCUCCUUGGUUUGGUGUCCCCCCUGCAUGAGCUGUCUGAAGGGGAUUGCUCUUCUUGUAUCCCACGGCCUCAUGCUCUUUUUCUUUCGUUGCCGUUCUGAACGCGGUGCUUGUUUAUGCGUUACCUGACUUUCUGCCUCUGUGUACCCCCUAGUUCUUGCCUCCCUUCUGCUGUUUGUCGUAGGACCUCGGUUUAGCGCUGCGGGCACCAUGUCAGCAGCAGAGGUUUGUGUGAGAGGAGUCCUGGCCAGGCCCUUUUCCAGGAGAAUCUCCCCCGGAGAUUGAAGGAUGGACCUGCAGCUCGCUUGCCCUGAUGGUAACCAGGAGCCAGCAGCAACUCCUGAUGCAAUGGUGCAGCCAUUCACCACAAUCCCAUUUCCGCCACCCCCACAGAACGGGAUUCCCACAGAGUACGGGGUGCCACACACUCAGGACUAUGCAGGCCAGACCAGCGAGCACAAUCUGACGCUCUACGGGAGCACGCAGCCACACGGCGAGCAGAGCACGACCACAGCCAGCACGCAGAAUGGAUCUCUCGCACAGACAGAAGGAGGGGCACAGACAGAUGGACAGCAAUCACAGACACAGAGCAGUGAGAACACCGAGAGCAAAUCCACUCCAAAACGACUUCAUGUGUCUAACAUUCCCUUCCGCUUUCGAGAUCCUGACCUUCGACAGAUGUUUGGGCAAUUUGGCAAAAUCCUUGAUGUAGAGAUAAUCUUUAAUGAGCGCGGCUCCAAGGGAUUCGGGUUCGUAACUUUCGAGAAUAGUGCUGAUGCAGACAGGGCCAGGGAGAAAUUACACGGCACCGUGGUAGAGGGCCGUAAAAUCGAGGUUAACAACGCCACAGCACGAGUGAUGACCAAUAAGAAGAUGGUCACGCCAUAUGCAAAUGGUUGGAAGUUGAGUCCUGUGGUUGGAGCGGUGUACGGCCCUGAGUUAUAUGCAGCGUCCAGCUUUCAAGCAGAUGUCUCGCUGGGCAAUGACGCCGCAGUGCCCCUGUCAGGAAGGGGGGGUAUUAACACUUACAUUCCUUUAAUCAUUCCAGGCUUCCCUUAUCCAACUGCAGCCACCACAGCAGCCGCGUUUCGGGGAGCCCACCUGAGGGGCCGAGGAAGGACGGUUUAUGGGGCAGUCCGGGCAGUACCUCCUACGGCCAUCCCUGCCUACCCAGGAAUAGUCUUACAGGAACCAAUCAUUAGCGCUAAAAUACCUCAGGGUGGAUACGCAGCCUACAGAUAUGCACAGCCUGCUACUGCAACAGCAGCCACGGCCGCUGCAGCCGCUGCAGCAGCUUACAGCGAUGGUUAUGGCAGGGUGUACACAGCAGAUCCUUACCAUGCCCUUGCCCCUGCCGCUAGCUACGGAGUUGGCGCUGUGGCGAGUUUAUACCGAGGUGGCUACAGCCGAUUUGCCCCCUACUGAAGUGACGUGAGCCCCCUGCAAGUGGGACAGCCCCCCCAGUUCAUGAGGCCUGGCUAUUGCAAUAUUUACUAGUAGAGGAACUCUAUAGCAAGACGAGGAGGAAAAACAAAAACAAAAGAGAAUACUUUUUUAUACCUCA